AUGUCGGGCCUGGUUCUAGAAGUGCAGGUUCACCGGCUGCAAGGGGAGGACCUUCAGGCUGGAGGAAGCGUCAUCUUGACCUUCGGAGCUGGGGAAGCGAAGAAACGAACGAAUCCAAUCACUCUGACUGUAACACGAAGAAUGCAGAUCAAUGAGUUGUCUUGCGAUGUCGAGCUUCACUCCAUCAUUGGAGAAAACAAGACAAGGAUUAUAGGGAAAUGCACUCUGAGAAUGACAGGAUUGAUCUUUCCUCGGUUUGAACUCUCCAUGGGAGGUGGAAGGAUGCUGAAGACAUUCAGGAUGAGCGGGGGAAGGUCGGCGGACGAGACUCUAGAGCUGAAGGGGGCAAACAAGGGUGGUGGCGUGCUGAGACAUCAUCUUGAUAUCUCGUUGAGCCUGAAGAAUGAAGUUGAUGUUGUCAAGGAUGAAACGAACUUGGAACUGAACAGGGUUGAUGGAGAGACCAAGAGGUAUGAUGGCUAUCGGCGCAACAACGAUCGGAUGAUUGCGUUGGAGGCCGUUCGAGGCUACAACCUGCCAGAGGAUUUCUCGACUGAUGAGCAGAAAGGAACCCUUGUGCGUGUCAAGUCUGGCAACAAUGGAGUUCUGAUUCACGUCACUGGAAGCUUCUCGAUAGCCAUUGAAGAUCGCGAAGACCUGGUCGGGAAAAGUUACCUCACCGACCUUCAGAUCGGCGAUGAGGCACACAAGACUGAGGAACCUGAGGACGUUGACCUGACGAUUCUUAUAGAGUCUUUGUCGCUGGUCGACCUGCCGAUCAUUGCUCGGUUCAGAUUGAUUCGAGACACGGACGACGUUUACUUGGACUGGAACGACUCCGACGGUCAUGACGCGGAGAUUGAGCCUUUUGUCCUUAAGAUCACCAACGAGGGAGUAGACGAGGACGCGUUCAAUGAGCUCAAGGUUGAAAUGCGAGUCUCUGAAGAAAUUAGCGAGAUCCUCCCUGCCGGAUUGGAAUUUCCGCACAAGUUCAAGUGGAAGUUGAGAUUGUGGGAUGGUCAAGUUCUUGCGAAGAGGAUGGAGACGGCAGUCAACAUUGAAAAAGAUCAGAGGAUGGGCUUCGACACUUGGCUGGCUCAGCUGAAGCUCGUGACCGUGGAGGAAUUGAUCUUCAAGGAGGCGAGAGAAGCCAUCAUCAACCAGUCCUACGAGCUCCUCCAACAACAGACUGACCAUGUACUGCCGGACAUCGAGACCAAGUACUUCGUCACGGUGGACAAAGAGGACAAGGCUGCCUUCUCACACAGUCUUCCCGUGUCUCCAACUUCCAUCCGACCCAAGGAUAGGAAACGCCCAGUCACACAGGAUGUUGCGCGUCGACUUGCGCGACCGGAAGUCCCGACGAGACCGACGACUCCUGUCACGUACACGCAGGCAAGGAAGGGAGUGGAGUGA